AUGAAUAUCUCUUGUGGCCACAUUGGUUAUUACUACGAGAAAACAACGCUGAUGGACAUAAACAUCCUUGCUUGCGCUAUAAUCAACAUCGUGAAAACCCCACCUACAAUUUUCUUAAACCUUUUCAUCAUUCUUACGUCUGACCACAGAAAGAUGAAAACAACAACAACAGGCUGUUUGCUUGCAAACUUGGUUAUUGCAGACCUAUUGAUGGGUUGCUUCGUGAGCCCCUGUGCAGCGGCUGAGUUUCUAAUGAUCUACCUGGGAAAAGACCCUUGUUUUCUAUCAAAUUUCACUACCCCUGUUUCCUUAAUUAUCGGAGUAGUGUCGGUCAUAACCUUAGCAAUACUUGCAAUCGAUAGUUAUAUGUUGUUUUGCCAUCCAUUUAAACACCAGAGGUUGCAGUGUCAGACUUUGAUCUACACGGUGCUUAUAACCAUUUGGGCUUUACCCCUAUACCCGACGUUAGAAUCAACAUUAAACGAGGACAUGAUAACAUUCGACGCAUUCGUUGUUUUCCUGAGUGCACUCGUCUUUCCUGUCUACGGCUUCUGUUACGGCAAUAUAUACAAACUAAUAAGAAGACACAAGAGGCAAAUUCAAGAAGUUACGUCAAACCACCGGCUAAGUUGCACGGCAAAUCGCGAUAAAAACAGCGUAAUAUGUGCUGCAAUGCUACUAACUUCGACAAUUCUGUGCCUUUGCCCUGCCGCAGUGCUAUCAAGUUUGAGUGCCGUAACGAGCCGCAGAAACAAACGACUAAUAGGCUAUUUAACAUACUGGGCAUGGACCCUGGCGACACUAAAUUCUUUAAUAAAUCCAAUCUUUAAGUUCUACCGCCUGGAAAAUGUCAGAUCAGCUUUCAAAAAGUUUUGGAAAAGAGGCAGGAGACUAUCAGCUGCUACACCAGAAAUGGAUUAG